CCAAAGUUUCCAAAUACAUGAUUAGUAAAAUUUACAACUAAGAUGUUCACAACGGUAACCUUGUGAUUCUUUCCCUUAUAAAUCAUCGCAAUACUUUCCUUCAGCCCUCUUCACAUUUUUCACCCAUUAAAUUGAUAUAUAUAUUCAUAUAGCCCUUGAUCUUCCCAUCAAAAAUUCAUUUCUUUGCCAAUUUCCCUCUCUUUUUGGCUUUGAGUGUUAGUACUCAUUAUUUGUAUUAAUGGCUGUCCAUACAUGUUUAUGCUUAUUUUUUGUGUUGAUUAUGCUAUUCAGACAAUCCCAAGGUUACAAAUUUCAUGUUGGUGGGAAAGAUGGCUGGGUGUUAAACCCAUCUGAAAGCUAUAAUCACUGGGCUGAAAGAAAUAGGUUUCAAGUAAAUGAUACCCUAUUUUUUAAGUUGAAUAGAGGAAAUGACUCAGUUCUUGUAGUAACAAAGGAGAACUACAACCAAUGCAACGUGAAAAACCCAAUAAAGUCCUUAACAGAAGGAGAAUCAGAAUUAAAGUUUGAGCGAUCUGGGCCCCACUACUUUAUUAGUGGCAAUCAAGAUCAUUGUAAGAAAGGCCAAAAACUUGUAAUUGUGGUCCUUGCUGUUAGGCCUAAGACGUCUCCUCCUACUCGUGCUCCUGCACCUGCCCAAGCUCCAUCACCUACUGCUUCACCACCAGCACCUCCAGCUUUACCUCCAGCUCCGAUUACAAGCGCGCCUACUCCGAGCCAACCAACAGCCGAUGGUCCGGCUUCGAGUGCCGAUAAAUCGUUUGCCAUGAGUCUUAGUGCUACUGCACCAACUGCGGUCCUUAGUAUAGCUAUUGGAGUUGGUGCGUUUAUGGGUAGUUCUUGUUUGAGGGUUUAGUUAUUUGGUGCUUAUUAUGAUGUAAUAAGCUAUUGAGAUGAUUUUUGUUUUGCUUCGUUUUGUUGGGAUCUAAUUCAUGUUUUAUGAAGAAUUUUAUUGAGUAUUUGGUUUAGAACACCUCAUUUCUCCAAUCAGUAAUGUCAAAUGUGAGCUUUGAUAACCUUUUACCGGUA